AUGGCGGUGCCAAGUGUAGAUCCGCAGGAAGCUUACGAGCUCAUCACGCGGGAUCUGGGAGAGGUGAUCGGCGCGGACAUAAUCAAGGGUGUUCUAGAGAAGAAGGAGAGACCACUCAAGGCUUACUGGGGCUCUGCGCCCACUGGCAGACCUCACGUGGGCUAUCUCGUGCCUCUGAGUAAGAUUGCGGACUUUUUGAGGGCAGGCGUCGAAGUCAAGGUGCUUCUCGCCGAUAUGCACGCAUUCUUGGACAAUCUCAAGGCUCCUAUCGAGCUUGUGCGUCAUCGUGUGGAGUACUACAGGCACGUCUUGAUCGCGGUGUUUAAGGCUAUCGGCGUGCCCGUGGAAAGACUUGUCUUCGUCGUAGGCUCCAGCUACCAGCUCACUGCAGAGUACAACAUGGACGCGUACAGGCUGGCAGCUUCCACUACCGAACACGAUGCGAAAAAGGCGGGCGCUGAAGUUGUCAAGCAGGUCACCUCUCCUCUUUUGUCUGGUCUGCUCUACCCUGGUUUGCAAGCUCUGGACGAGCAGUACCUCGGUGUAGACUUUCAAUUCGGUGGUAUCGACCAGCGCAAAAUCUUCAUGUUCGCAGAGGCUGUCUUGCCUAAGCUUGGCUACGCUAAGCGGGCUCACCUAAUGAACACGAUGGUGCCGGGCCUCAAAGGAUCAAAAAUGUCAUCAUCUGACCCGAGCUCCAAGAUUGAUCUUCUAGACGAGCCCGUGGUGGUCAAAAAGAAGAUCAAGGACGCAUAUUGUCUUGAAGGCGAGGUUGAAGAGAAUGGUGUCCUCGCAUUCGCCAAGGCUGUCCUUCUACCCAUGGCCAGGUUAAGGUCCGAGAGUGGUCUCUCAAGGCCCAAAUGCAUACCUGCCGACGCUCCAGAGGGAACCGUCUUCAGCGUCAUCAGGGAUGAGAAGUACGGAGGCAUCAAACACUACAGCAACUACGCCGAACUCGAAGAGUCCUUCGUCAAGAAGGACCUUCACCCAAGCGAUCUCAAGAAGGGAGUGUCGGAUGCUCUGGUCGAGCUACUGGAGCCCAUCCAAGCGGAAUUCCGAGACAAUGCAGACUUCCAAAAGGCCGAAGCGCUAGCUUACCCCAAAGAGCCAGAAAUCACCAAAAAGAAGAAGGAAAAGAAGAGUGAGUAG